AGGCCCUUAACCAUCUCCGCGACAUCGAGGCCAUGAGCGACCCGGAAGACAAUGGUCAGUGAUGGGCGGGGGCUGAUCGGCUUGAUGGUCAGUGAUCACGUGACGGGCUCGUUUUGGUCUUAUAAGAGAAAAAAUUGAUGAGACAAGUAUAGUAACCAAGUCAACUACUGGUCGUACAUCAUGAUGGACACGCAGAGGAGGCACUGGCUUUCUGUCAUAGGUAUAGUCCUGGCUGUGACAUGUGCUGUGACUGGACAACGGGCAGGGGGCACCUGCACUGAGGGUCUGGCUGCAGACCCCAGCAGCUGCGAGGCCUUCUUACAGUGCGCUGGAGGCAGAUAUGUACGUCUUGUGUGUCCUGCUAACUUGAGGUUCAACUCAGCAACAAGCGAGUGUGACUGGCCAUCCAAAGUCCCCUGCAAUAAUAAUGCACCCAGAAGGACCUUCUCUCAGCCAAGACAGCAACCAAUGCAAAGACCCAUGCAACAGCCAAUGCAACAACCAAUGCAACAGCCUAUGCAACAGCCUAUGCAACAACCAAUGCAACAACCUAUGCAACAACCAAUGCAACAGCCUAUGCAACAACCAAUGCAACAACCAAUGAAACAACCAAUGCAACAGCCUAUGCAGCAACCAAUGCAACAACCAAUGCAACAGCCUAUGCAGCAACCAAUGCAACAGCCUAUGCAACAGCCAAUGCAACAGCCUAUGCAGCAACCAAUGCAACAGCCUAUGCAACAACCAAUGCAACAAGCUAUGCAACAGCCUAUGCAACAACCAAUGCAACAACCAAUGCAACGACAAAUGCAAAACAUGCAACAGAUGCAACAGAAGCCUAAACAGGAGAGUUGGAAGAAUCAGCAGUCGUCCAUGAACCAAGGCAUGAGGAUGGUGAAUACCGGCCUGAUGGGAGGGAUUGGGAUUGAUAGUGGUAUGAUGCCCAUGAAUGGUGGUAUGAUGAGCGGAGGAGUUGGCAUGGAGAUGAGGAGCAUGAACACCAUGGGUUCCGGAAUGAUUGGAUCCGGGGUGACACUCUUCCCACCCUUCUUGAACAUCCCCUCGAAGAAGACGUCUUCUAACAGUAUGGGCAUGAACUCUGGUAUGAUGAACUCUGGUAUGAUGAACUCUGGGAUGAUGAAUUCUGGGAUGAUGAACUCUGGGAUGAUGAAUGGCAUGAUGAACGGUAUGAUGAAUGGCAUGAUGAGUAAUGGGAAUAGUCAAAAGAAAUCCAACUCCCCAAUGAGCCCAAUCUUGAUCCCAUAUCCAUUCCCUCCCGAGUGGUUCGGAGGUAAGAAGACGACGACGUUAUCCCCCACCUCCAGCACCACCAACGCCACCACCACAACGUCAAAGAAGAAGGGCAACAACAUCUUCUUCAUCUCCAUGGUUCCCCCUAUGGUGCCAGUGGACCCCCUCCUUCCACCGUGUCUCCUCACCUCCUCCUGCUCCGGGAUGCCGUUGUGUAAUGAGACGAGAAGCAGCAACUGUGUCAACCCCACCCUUAGCAACCUUAUCUUAAGAGGCAGCAACACCAGGACGUCUUUCCAGGGAGCUUCGUCCAUAAGCAACAGUGCAGGGCUCAGGGUCGGUGCAGGGCUUGGUGGUCUGAGCGGCUUCGGUGAUCUGAGCGGUCUGAGUGGUCUGCCUGGACUGAGUGGCCUUAGUUCCAUCCUUCAGCAGACCGGAAGUACAGGUCAAGGUCAAGGUCAAAACUGCCGUGCUGUAAGGAGCGGACGGGUGGAGAUCCCGAUUACCUCCCUUGGUUCCAAUCGCGCAUGGACGACAGAGGAAUGUCGGGCUAUGGAGAGUUUGCUGAACGCUGUCAUCACAACUUCGGCGGAAAACCAGUCCGGCCAAUCGUCCCAGGGACGCCAAGUGACGCAACGUUCUGCCUGUACAAUCACAGUCCCCAGCGUCGCAGUCAGAUGCGCGUAAACAUCUCGCCGACCCCCUCUGGUAUCAGGACAACGGACAUGCGCAGUUACAUGCAUCGGAAGUUGUAGACAGUUUCCGUGGUUUCUCCUCGUCGUGAGCUGAUAGCAUCACACUUUGUACUGAGAAGUAUCACAACGGAUUAUUGAAAACUAAUAGUUCACCAUAUCUACAUGAAGGAGUACAGUUACCAAGUUGAGCCCCACAUCUAAAAGUUCUAUAUGUUUAUUGUUUAACGUCACAUUCAGCAAUAUUUCAGCUGCAUGACAGCAGUCUGUAAAUAAUAACACAAUCCAUACACGAUACAUUACGAUUACAUGCAUCAACCAAGUCAGCGAGCCUGAACACCCGAUACCCUUAGUCGCCUCUUACGACAAACAUAGUCGCCUCUUACGGCAAGCAUGGGUUGCUGGGGACCUAUUCUACCCCGGAUCUUCACGGGGGAUACAACUCUCGUCAUUUUGCUGAAGAAGGAUGUCAGUUAACAUAUUACGUUAAGAUUUGACCCAGGAUGUGAAACACUUGAGAUAAUUUUGACAAUGUCUAUUGUUCAAUAAGUUAUCAUCUUGCAGAAAACGAUAGCACCUCGAAAUGUAUUCCCAAGAAGUGAAAACGGAAUUUUAUACAAUAAGAGUUCAUCUGUGACGUCAGUGAUCACGUGACAUGAUAGUAAACCCAAUAACGACGUCAGCAACACUCUCAAAUACCACGUAACAAAUGCUCUUUACACAAUAAAGCAAAACCCUGAACCAAGGCUUACUCCCCUCCCAUAUAAAUGGAUACGUCCAACCUCGGCACGUGAACAUAGAGGGUACUUGCGAAAACAAAACAACCUGUUGAAACCAUGGACAAACACGGGUGGCAAAAGUCGUGAUAUCAACACACGCAUUGUCUCGACUGUGACUCCUGACAGGCUGCAGAAUCAAUGUUCACGACUAUUACUUACACAUUUAUGUUAAAAUAUUGUCUCGACCGAUGCAUGUAAAACAUAGUGUCUUUCUGUAUAUUUUUCUUUGUAUUUAUUUCCAAAUAAAAAUGAAAUCUGAAA